AUGAACUGCUGCCACAAGAAUUGUGUGGGUGGGUGCCUCAAUGAAACUGCUGCCAGCUGUGUGGGAUGUUUGCGAACCCAUCUUGGUGCCUGUGUUGAUAAGUGCCCGCCAGGGACCUAUGACACAAAUGACAGAUGGUGUUUAAACGAAACAACGUGUGCAGAGGAAAAUGGUUUCAUAUUAGGUGACAAGUGUCUUGAGGAUUGUCCGGCAGGCUAUGCCAACGAAUCAAAUUUCUGUGUCUACUGUGGAGAUUAUUGCUUCAGCUCUUGUUCAGGAAGGGAAAUAUCAAGAGAGGAACACCUGGAGUACUUCAAGGGCUGCACCGUCAUCAAUGGCUCUCUGAAGAUCAUCAUCAGAGGAGGAUCAUCUGUAAUGGAAGCUUUAGAAAGAGGUUUGUCUUCAGUUAGGAUAAUAACAGGCUACUUGAAAAUAUUCCACGUAACUGCAUUGGUCAAUUUGAAGUUUCUCAAUAAACUUGAAGUCAUACUGGGGACAAAACUUUUAUACGAUAGGUAUGCCAUUGCAAUACUUGGAAACCGUGAUCUUGAACAACUGUGGGAGCCUGAAGGAGAGCCAUUGAAAUAUUCAAAGCUAGUUAGAAACGAGUUUGAGAAAGAUUUCAAAGAAUUAAUAAGCUUAGAUGGGAGCAAUCAAAUGAAUAAUAAAAUUAAAAUUGGAAGAGGCCAGGUCAUGUUACACUACAACGGAAAGUUGUGCCUUCAUGUGAUUGAAAAUUUUGUGCAGUUGCUUGGAUACAAUUUUUCCACAAUCAGUGAUAUAGACGUUUCAAGAGUUUCUAAUGGGGACCUCAAUUCAUGUGACAAGAUAUCUAUAAAUGUCACCGUCAAAUCAGUGGAAGAGCAUUUGGUCAAACUACUUUGGAAUCAUGAAAAAUUUCGGGACACCAGACAACAUUUGGGGUACAAAAUCUAUUACAAAAAAAUCAAAGAAAAUGAAACCAUAACAUCUUAUUCAAUGACGGACGCUUGUGCACAUGACAGCAAAAAGCAUGGAGACACAGAAGCUCAAACGAGCUUGUACGGCCACCCAACCCUAACCAAAUAA